AACACAAACAGAGAAGCCAAAAAGAUCCGUUGGCAAAAGUCUCUCUUUCACUCCUCUCACUGUCUUCCUUCUUCCCCCACUUCGCAACGCAAACUCAAUCAAAUCCUCAGUGGAACAAAAAGAACUCCAAAAGCCCAUAUCUAGAGAGAGAAAGAGAGAUAUAGUGAGAGAGUGUGUGUUGUGCGUAACUGAAACAAGGCCCCAUUUGAUUUCAAAUCUCUUGCUCCAUUGGUGCACGUCCUCUCUCCACUGUUAAAUAAUUGAGAUUUUUGAGGGAGGAGAGAAGUGCAGGGAGGAGAGGGGUCUGGAUGAGUUGAGGGAGACGUUUUGCUUUUUGUGGGUCUGCAGAGGAUUGAAGGGGAAAGGGGAAGAUUAAGAAAAAUGGUUGCAAGAACCCCACCAAAGCUCAGGAAGGCCCCUGCUCCCCUAAACCCAGUACUCCUCAGAGAGACUGUGAAAAAGGUGGACAGAUGUAUGGCAAGGUUGCAGGAGCUGCAGUACACCGUGGCGGGCGGGAGGAAGGUGGUUUCUGGGGUCAGUCUCAGCCCUCGGAGCACCCGGGGUUAUCUCCGGACGAGCCUCAGGUGCAAGCAAGAGUCCUUAAGGAUCGAGAAUGGUGCAACAUUGAAAUCUCCUGUUGGGAAAUUUCCAAGAUCUGCAGGAGGGGAAUGGCGCAGGAUGUCCUUGCCAGCAAUGCUCGUGGGAGAAACAGUCGGAGAAAUCCUACAAGCAACUCAAUUCGCCCGGGAAAUAUUAUCUGCUGUUUCCAGCAAAGCCAGCAACAAACAGCUGAUCCCGGAUGACCCGAAGACUCCGAUGACCCAUCGCAAGAACCUGAAAGCCCAUCCUGAGAACACGGAGCUCCAGGCCCGGAGAAGGCGGGAGAAGCAAAACAAGACCAGGGAAUCCCAUUCCCCGUCCCUUCAGAGGGCCCGGUCCCGAAUCAACUUCAAGGUCUCCCCUCCGAAGCAAAGGGACAGCAGUGAAAAGGAGAAUGGAAGAUACUUGGCUAAUAGGGUGUCCCCAAGGCACAAGCCGUGGGCCAGAAAGACCGUGCUGUUCCCGAAUCCUUUGUUCUUGUCCACACCGAGCAAGCAGAAUCAGCAGCAGAAGUUCUGCAAGACAAGGUCUCCGGUGAUAGCUAAUAAAAAGCGUCAAGGGACAAGCCCGCAUAAGUUCCUGAUCAAGUCCCCGAGUUCCGCUUCUAAGUUCCAAGUGAAGAUCAAGUCACCGCCCAAAGUCUCGGUCUCCCCUCCCAUGAGACAUUCCACUAAGGCCUUAGUGUCCUCCACUAAUGGAUUGAAACUUCGGCAUUCAUUCUCGCCCUCGAAGCUGAGGCGGUCUUUCUCACCCUCGAGAAUAGCAAAUAGGCUGAUGUCUCCAUUGAAGAGCAGGAAGAGUGUGCAGAAGAGUAGCUCUGAUGGGUUGAUGGCUAUGAGUGGAUUAAAGCAGAGGCCUGUUGCUAUGCCUGGCCUGACAUUCUCAUCUCGGAGAAUCAACUGACCGGCCAGUGAUCAACGAAUGGUUAUUCGAGAGUCUGAUAAGAUGUGAAGAUAUUUCUCAAUGUCCAUACUGUCACCGUCAUAUACAUAGGCAAUUGUUCUGAAUUGAUCGUGUUUCCUUGUCUGCGAGUUGAUUGUUUCUUUCGAAUAACAAGCAGUUAUUCUUUUAUUA